UCUCCUGCGAGACUCAAUGCCCUUUCUUCAACAGAUUUUGUUCUAUGAAAUCUCCAAAACCAAGAUUCUUCUCAAAACAAAAAGAAAAACCUUUUUUGUUUUUCAUUUAUUAAGACAGGAUGGUCUCUUGGAGCUUCACCACCUCCCGUGUAGUUGUAGUUCUCCUUGGCCUCCUGUCCCUCUUCCAAUCUGUUACCUCUAUCCGUCUUGGCCUCGUCCGCCGCCCUUCAUCCGACCUCCCUCUUUUUCGCGAAGCUCCUGCUUUUCGAAAUGGAGAGGAAUGUGGCUCCACAGAUGCUGAUCGUAUAAAUGUCGCCAUGACGCUUGAUGCUAAUUAUCUUCGAGGUACAAUGGCUGCAGUUUUAUCCAUGUUACAACAUUCGACAUGUCCCGAAAAUCUUGCCUUCUACUUCUUAUCUGCUCAUGAUGCUCCUGAACUAUUCUCAAGCAUAAAAUCAACUUUUCCUUAUUUAAAUAUGACAAUUUAUCACUUCAAUUCUAACCGUGUUCGCGGUAAGAUAUCAAAGUCUAUUAGACAAGCAUUGGAUCAACCAUUGAAUUAUGCAAGGAUAUAUCUUGCAGAUACAAUACCAGAAAAUGUAAAACGUGUUAUAUAUUUAGAUUCUGAUCUUGUUGUGGUUGAUGAUAUAGCUAAACUUUGGGGUGUAGACAUGGAAGGAAAAAUAGUAGCUGCUCCUGAAUAUUGCCAUGCAAAUUUCACUUUAUAUUUCACAAAAGAUUUUUGGUCGGACCCGACUUUAGCAAAGACGUUCGAUGGACGAAAGCCGUGUUAUUUUAACACAGGUGUGAUGAUAAUGGAUGUUGAAAAAUGGAGAAGAGAAAAAUAUACAGAUAAAGUAGAAGAAUGGAUGGCUGUACAGAAGCAACAAAAGAGGAUAUAUCAUUUAGGUUCACUUCCACCAUUUUUGUUGGUUUUAGCAGGAAAUAUUAAAGCAGUUGAUCAUAGAUGGAAUCAACAUGGUUUAGGUGGAGAUAAUCUUGAAGGUAAAUGUAGGAGUUUACAUCCUGGUCCUAUAAGUUUAUUGCAUUGGAGUGGAAAAGGUAAACCAUGGUUGAGGUUAGAUUCUAGGAGGCCAUGUAUUGUGGAUCAUCUAUGGGCUCCUUAUGAUCUGUAUAGAUCAUCAAGACAUUUUUUUGAAGAAUAAUUAUAAAGAAGAGAGAUUUUGAGGAAUGUGAAUGAAAAGGGAGAGUUCUAAUGAGAAGGGGUUAUUGGAUAGUUUUCUAACUCAAAUUUGAUAAUUGACAAGAAAGGAACUAAACCUCCAACAACAAUAUGCAGCUUAAUGAUUGAGCAUCUAUAUUGGAGUUGUAAUUUUUUUUGGUUUCUUUCUUUCUUUAGUAUUUGUUGGAUUCAUUUUUUGUUUAUAGUGAUUGUAAAAGCAUAAAAAACACUCAAAAAUUGUUAUUAGCUGGGUCUGUCUUAAUAGCUUUGGCUCAUCACAACAUUGUACCCAAUUUUGAUAUUGUAAAUAAAUAUUAUGACAUUUGUUUAUGACUAGCUCUUGAUACAGCAAGCUCACCAAUAGAAAAAAAGUCUGCCGCCAAGAGAGCAAUCAAUGCCAACAG